AUGAUUCGACGUCCCCCACUAAUCAUCGCGUCGUCGGCGGCGGCGAACGCGCGCGCGGCCGCGUUCUCGACGCUGACGACGUCGCACCGCCGCGCGACCGCGCGCGCGGCGCCGCGCGCCGCUCGGCGCGACGCGCUCGCGACGUCGUCGUCGACGACGACGACGCGCGCGGUCGCGCGGUCGAGCGCGCCCCGCUGGUCGUCGUCGUCGUCGUCGCCGACGACGACGGAGACGCGCGCGUGCUUCCGAUGUCACGCGCCCGGGCACCUCGCGAGGGACUGCCCGAAGGCGACGUCCGCGUCCGCGCCGACGUCGUGGGACGACGACGACGACGCGGCGGACCCGCUCGCGUACCUCGGCGACAUCGCGUGGAGCGACGCGCGGCGCAAGGAAGCGCACAAGGCGAGCGUGAAGGAGGGACAGAGGAGGGCGCGGGAGAAGCGCGCGAGGGAAAAGGUGGAGAGCAUCGCCGGCGAGGUGUUCCGCCCGCGCGAGCGACUCAAGACGCAAGCGGAUUUCACCCGCGUGCAAAACACGGGACGCUCCUUCAACGGAAAGCUCGUGCGCAUCAAGUGGUGCGACACGACGGACGUCCCGGACGUGGACAACACGCGUCUGGGGAUCAAAGCCCCGAAGAAGCUUCUCAGGCGCGCGGUGGAUCGAAACUCGGUGAAACGCCGCGUGCGCGACAUCUUCCGGAAGAAUAAAGAGGCGUGGCCGAGCACGUGCGACAUGCUCGUGUUCUGCGGCGAGGACGCGUUGCGCGCGCCGUACGCGGACGUCAAGGCGGAGAUGUUGUACUGGGGGACGAACUACGCGCCGAAAGUCGCGGCGCAGUCCGCGGCGAAUCGCGCGAGGAAGGAGGCGAAAGUCGCGGCGCAGUCCGCGUCGAGUCGUGGUGAAAGUCGCGGCGCAGUCCGCGCGAGGAAGGGCGGGCGGGGGGGGAGGGGCCCGGGGAGAGGAGGGAGGGGAGGAAGAGGCCGGGGGAAGCCAGAGCCCGAGGACGACGACGACGACGACGACGACGACGAGUGAGCGCGCGGCACGUCGUCGUCGUCGUCGAAUCGAAUGAAUACGAUAUGAUAGCUAUCACGC